GUGUGGCACAGCCACUUGACAUUCACAGUUACACGAACACGAAUGUGUGUGUAUAUGUGUUUUUCAUGUGGUGUGCAGUAGUGUGUCAUUUGUUGAUUUUGUAGAAUUUUUAAUUAAUUUUAAUUGUCGUUUUAAUAUUAUCACCGUUAGUGCAAUUGUUGUGCAAAAUACAAACUUUUACUGAAACUCGGUUAAUAUAAUUGGUUAUGAACAUAUAAUGGAUGAAAAAUGUAGAAUUUGCUUACAGAGAGGAUCUUUUGUAUGUAUUUUUGGAGUUAAAGGAUCAUUAAAAUUAUCUUCAAAAAUUAUGUCUAUAGCUAAUGUUAAGAUAAGCCCCAAUGAUGGGUUACCAUCAACAAUAUGUAAAACAUGCACAGAAAAGCUUGAUAAAUGUAUCGAAUUUAUUGAAUUGUGUGAAAAAUCAGAUUAUAUUUUACGAUCAAAUAUUAAUUGUUUUGAAAAAUCAGAGAUACUAGAAGAACACGAUUAUAAUACAGAAACCAAUAUUGAUGAUAGUAUAAAUAAUUCUGAACUUGAAAAUGAUUAUAUCUGCAAAAACCUUAACUUUAGUGCACAAGAAAGACCUACAGAUGGUAUUAAUAAAGAAAAAGAUAUAAACUUAGAUAGCAGUUCAGAUAUCCCAAAAAAUGAAAACCGUGAAUCUCGGAAACAACAAUGUUUUAAAUGUGGAAAGGUAAUGUCCUCUAGAUUUCGUUUGAAAACACACUUAAGGACGCACACUGGAGAGCGACCGUUUUCUUGUCCUCAUUGCAACAAAAACUUUUCAUUAGCACAAAAUUUGAAGGUCCACCUCAGGACACAUACGGGGGAAAAACCCUUCAAUUGUACAAUAUGCGGCGAAGCAUUCGCACAUUCUGCAGGCCUUGCAGUGCAUAGACGGAAACAUACUGGUCAGAAGCCAUACCAGUGCAUCUUGUGUCCACGUAACUUUCGUACUGUUGGCCACUUGCAGUAUCAUAUAAGAAGACAUACUGGAGCGAAGAAUUUUGAAUGUGCAACAUGUGGAAGAGCUUUUAUAACGCAAAGCGAUUUGAAGCGACAUUCGAUAACACAUUCUGGUGAAAAACCCCACGUAUGCUGUUAUUGCGGCAUGCGCCUCACCCGUGCCUCGCAUCUUAAGAGGCAUAUACGAUUUAUACAUAGUAACGAAAAAGAAAUACAAUCUGAACUACCCACAGGAGGAAAUGAAAAACAGAAAGUUGCCUAUACUAAUAUAAGCUUGGAAAACACAUGAAUAAAAUAUAUGUACAGUUUUUUAAUUAUUUUAUUUAUUAUGAACGAUACUAUUUGUUUCUUAAAAAUUACUUUUUGCGUUCUUAAAAGAAGGCUAUGUGUAUUUGCUAUUCUCUUUAUAUUAUGUAUAAUGGAAUCGAUUAUUAGUGAUGGAAGUUUUAAUUAUAUACAAUAUUACUACAGUAUAGUA